UGGCAACACAAUCUAUUAACAUAACGACCGACCCUGCGAACUUUAUCAUUAUGAGUUUGCAAUCGCUCGCGCGCACGUCCUCCGAGACGAGCGUAUGCUCCACCUCGACGACCGCCUCGGGUUCGGCGUCGAUGCUCAACAUUGUCGCGGAAGAUGCGGCCCGUCGCACGCGCAAACGCUUCUCCAGUCUCCAGCUGACGAUGCUUGAGCAGCUCUUUCACGCCACCUCCCACCCGACGCGGGAGGAACGCGAGACCUUGGCUCGGUCUGCCGGAAUGGAGAUGAAGUCCGUCACGAUAUGGUUUCAAAACAAACGCCAGAUGGAGCGCAAGCUGGCUCUACACCAUGCGACCAACGGGCCCAACGUCUUCUCAGAAGCAGGCAACCAUAUUCCCCUCUCAGCGCCCGGUACGACCAGCAUUAUCCCACUGCCGUCCGUCUCCCAAGGACGCGCCCUCUCUACCCCGCACCCUACCUUCUCUCGUCCAUCCCGCACACUCUCCAACGUCUCUUUGUCCAGCCACGUCCCUCAUGCCCACCCCCGCCAACGCACCCUCUCCGCCCCGCGCAGCAGCCGCCCCCUGACGACCCGCACGCCCUCCCGGCGCCCCACGCUCGACGGCAUCGCAUCCCUCUCCGAGUCCCGAUACAACAGCACCGAAUACGAUGAGCCCCCCGACUCCAGCUGCCCCGCGACCCCACAGACGCCCAGCAAACGCCGCGAGGGCGCAGCCCUGUGGGAGAGCAUGCCCUCGUCCCCUCUGGGCCCCACCAACUCCCCGCCGUCGCGCGAGCGCGAGUACAUCGACUUCGUCGGCUCGCGCGCCCGCUCGCGGACGGGCGGACGCACGACACUCGAGUGGGCGUGUGCGGCUGCGCGCGUCGCGGGCCGCAAGAAGGCCGCCGCCAGCAGCAGCAGCAGCAAGAGCAAAGCACGCGCGAGCGUGGGCGCGGGCGCGGGACAAGGGACGGACGACGACCCCUUCCACGCGCCACGUGCGGGCGCUGAUGUCGUGAUGGGCGGAGACGAGACCGAGGACGAGGAGAUGGAGGCGAUCACGCCAUCAGGCAGUUUGACGUCCGAGGACUACGGUUGGCCACGCGACGCGGGUGCGGGGCGGAGGCUUAUCCCCCGCACUCGAUCUCUGCCGGAGUCGGCCUUGCUAAAGGCGCUGCCCGUCGAAGUCAAGAAGCCCGACCCAGCGCCGAUGCAGGUGCAAGACGACGUGAUGGAUGCCGCGCUCAUACUCUGUGGUCUCGGUCGACGAGGUUGAGACGCUCUCCAUCAUGGACUUCAACGCCCCCGUUGAGAGGAUUCCCUCCGGUUUUCCAAUUUUAAAAUGUGGUAUAUUAUCGAAUGCACAUAUGCAUCCAUUAUAUCCUUUAUGACACGUCCUCAUGUUUUAUGAACUGUACUCUCAUCACAUACGCAUUGCUUCGAUUUCGGCAUUACGCAGAUAGCAUCAGCAGCGUUCACGACAUUAG